UGAACUUACAACUGUAGCGAAAUUAAACUAAGGUCGUUUACAGAUCACAUUAAAAACACCCCAGUAUCUACUAAUCCAUGGGAACAGCAUUGCCUAAAAUACGAAAUUUUUCAGCACAUGCUAUUUGGACGAUUUUGAACGAACCAUGUCUGCAGACAACAAUCAGUAUCCAUAAUAAAAUUUAUCUGCCCUGUCAAACUUAGAAAUUUGAGUGAAUGCUUUAACCAUGUUCAUCAACGAGCAUUUAAAGCUUUCUUACUCUAGAUGCGGCUUAGGUUGGAGAACGGUGAGAGAAGGGAAUAAGAGAGUCACUUCACACCAAGUUAUCGAUCUCGAUUGUGAUAGGAUCACAGUGCAGGGCCCACAACGAAGAGAGAAUAAAAGAACCAAAAGAUAGAACACAUCAAUUACAAACAGGACAGCGAAGAACCUUGCUAGUUUUUGGAACCAGGGCACGGUGUAAAGUUCAUCGUUGAGCUUUUUCCUCCGUUUUCGUUCAGACACUACACCUUUUGAUACUGUCCUCGCUGCUCCGUUCCAUGUUGGUUGAUCCUUCUCCUCCUGUUCAUCCAUAUUGUGAUCACUGCAAUCGGAGGAGUCUAACUGCUUGGCAUCCAUGUCGUAUGUGUCUCUGUUAAUGAAAUUUCCACUCGCUCCUUUGGGUCAGUCCACGGGAGCUCCCUCGCCAUAACUAAGCAGCGACCUAUCGGGUUUGAAGACCAUCGGAAGCUUGAGAGUAGCCACAAUAUUAGUUUUAGAUUCCCAAUUGCUGAUGUCGUGAAGACAUGAGCAACUGAUAGCGUCCUUUCCUGCCUUGCUUCCUUGUUCUAGACUGCCCUAUUCGCAAGACUCGCUCGCUUGCGGCCUGUCGCCCCAGUGCCUCGCUCAGUAAUCUCAGUCUUUAUUCGAACCAAUUGCUCCUGGGUCUCCAGUAUGGACGUCAUAUUCUCACUCUGCUCCUUUCCGUGCAACGUGACCGUCGAAUCGAGAGGGCAGCGAUCUCCGCCAGCCCUGAAUGGAAGGCACGAAAUGCUUGAACGAAUGUCGAUAGAGCGCAGCGUUAUCAGUGGCUCGUUCGCUCGACUGGUGGUCAACCGUCACCGGUGCCAACACAAAUCCAGACCCAAGAGGGACUUCCUUUUCUGUGCAUUUAUGUCCUGCCGCUGGCCGUCAGCUAGCCCAUCAACAAGACUCGCCCCGGAGUAUAGCGAGCAAGCGGAAGACCCGUCGCCUUGCGUUGGAAGGGUGAGAUCUAAGGCCCCGGCCCACGAAACUCGACUUUCUUCACUGCGUCGAGUUAUUAUUUCGGUCGUGGCAUUGCUCUUGUGCGCUGCAAUGCGUGUUCACAUGGAUCGUCCUGCUAUUUAAGAAAUCGCCCAAUGCCCUCAAGCGGAGAAGAAGAGGCCCGCAAGAAAACACAACUUCCCGCGUCCCUGCUUUGUUUCCUCCGUACCACUGCAUUCUCUGCCCCUGUCAGGCUGUGACCCGAGCCUCCCGUACUCUCUGCAUUGUCGGCUUCCCCUGCUCGUCGCGUUGGACUUCGCCUGCCGUUUUUUGCAAUCAUGGUGUGCAGGGAGAGCAUCACUUGCCGUAGUGUGAUUCAGUGGCGCUUGUGGUUCGCUUGAUUUUAUUUUGCAAAUCGUAGAUGUUCAAACAUCUCGGGACGAAUAGGAUUUAUUUUCUGCGAAUCAAGCUCUGGAGUUGAGAAAUUAUUUUCUGGAACAAGUUUCACACGGCGUAGAGUACGGGGUUCUUUGGUGGGACAAAUCUGAUAGGCGGUGCAAGAACUACUCGACAUCGAAAGUCUUCACACGUGAAUGAAUUUUCUACCAGGUAGUACUGCCUCUGCCUACUGCAAUUGGUCGAGAAAGUGAGGCGAAGGAGCUCUAGCGUGGAGUUGACGAAGACGUCUCGAUGACAAUUGUUGGGCAUUUUUACUGCUGCAUGCGAGGAUAGAUUAUACACCUGCUUGCCUGCUACACCAGGAUCGCUUGGUGGAUGCACACGGGUGAUCAGGUCUGGCAAACCAGAUGUCAAGAAUCAAGGCUGAUAAGGAUCUGCUUUCGCCACCCAUAAAUCUUGUUGUGAAGUUGAGCAUCGCUAUGUGCACAGCUGAACGAUCGCUGAGCAAUCGUCUUGUCAAAAAGUGAGAAAGAGUCGCUUCUUGAGCAAGGCUAGCAGAGGCAAUCAUCGCAAACGAAUAGAAAAUGAGAAAACGACUUCCGAGUACCCCAGUUUCGGUCAUCUAAAUUGGUCUCGACUAUCCCGAUCUUGAAUACCGACUGUAAGCAACAUUCUCGACCUUCCGUGCGUACUUAUCGACCGAACCUGCUACCCGAGUACUGCUCCCGAACUCCUCGAACUGCGCACGACGGAAAGAGUAGUCAUAAUGCCAGUCUCUUGAGGCCCUGCAGUUACUUUCCUACUCCUUCAUCCUCGGCAGGCGGCACUACGUGGUAGGCGGGCUAGACCAAGCGAGCGUCGGAUAGCAGGAAUUGAUAACUUUUUAAGAUAACAUUUCAGAUUAUGUUGCCAUGUAGAAUGAGGUUAUUUUUCAUUAUUAUUUGUUUUACUGCUUUCACAGGGAGGAAUGGUUCCGAAUGGUUACAGUUAUUGAGUUUUAUGGCGGUUUUCACGAACAGCGAUCCCCACCAAAUAAAAUUCCCUACGGGUUGGAUAUUGGACUCUGAUUGUCGGAUUAAUCACGGACCAAAUUCGCAAAAUCCAGUAGAAUCCAUUAAUUUGUAACUAUUUUUUUUACAGAGAAGGUAUGAUAAAAUAUGUA